AUGUACGAGGAAAUGGGUUCCGCUAUGACUGACGACAUUACUCGCCGCUGCUCUUUGCCUUCUCUGCGAUCUUCUAUCUCUGGUGUGGCCGGCUCUGAUGUGGGCGAAGACCGCCGUCUACCUCCUCUUCCUCGCAUGGAGCCCCUGCCUCGCGGACCUUUCAAUCCAUUCAACAUGAAGGAGACCCUCGUCCCAACCACCCCCGGUGCACAGGAUACCUUCCAAUUCAAGUCACCAUGGGGUGCGGAGCAGAUCAUUGCUCCUCCCUCACCUGCCAACUCUGCUGAGAGCUCCUGGCAGGAGUCCUUCGCCAUGCAAAAGGCUGGCUCCAUCGAUUGGCCAAACGAUCUCUCCCAGAACGAGAUCAUGGCUCUAGUGGCCCCACAAAACAUCAACCGCAAGGCUCCCCUGCAGCAACUGUGCGGCCGCAAGCGCAAGGGCAGCGCCAUGUCCAACGAACAAGAUGACCAGCGUGAGAAGCACCGCAUCGCCGAGGGCAACCGCCGUAGCAACCUCAGCGAGCUGCACCGCCAGCUCGACAGCCGCAUACACGACUUCUUCCUGGAGCGUGCAGGCUGGAACCCAUCCAAGUCCCUGACCCAAUCAAAGGAGCACAUCGUGCAAGGAGCAAUCUACCUCGUUGACUUCAUGCUCGCCAUCAUCGUGCACCUCAUUCGCCAGGAACAAGUCACACCACAGCUCUCAGAGAAACUGCAGCCCCAAGUCCGCUGCAUGCAACUGCAACAGCUCGUCAGCUCCCUGCAGCAACAGAACCAAUCGACCCAGCAGCAGCUCAAGGCCACAAAGGCCGAGAACGAGAUGCUCGCUGACCGCAACCGCGCCCUUGAGUUCCAGCUCAAGUCCUAUGAGCAGAUGUUCCGCUCCCCAAAGACCGAGAGCACCAGCCCUGGUCCCGUCCUCGAGUUGCCUGAACACAAGCGCCAGAAGAAGAGCGCCGGCCUGCCUGGUCUGCGGGUUUUCUGCGAUGAGAUCGCCGCCAACAUGGAGCAGACUUCCUCUGCUGGUCCCUUCCACGACUCCCUUCCCAGCUCGACCUCCCAGUCCUUCGGCAGCUCUUACCUGAGUGCUACUCCCCCGAUGACUGGGCCUUCUUCUCCUGCGUUCCCUCCCUCUCAUGUCUCCUCUUUCACAUUCCCGAGCGUGCCUCGUCGCCAAUCUCUGCUUCCUUCCCCGUGA